UCAGGUGCUGGAAACGUAGCAGACCGUGUCUUGGCUCAAUUGUUAACGGAAAUGGAUGGGAUAGAACAGCUAAAGGAUGUGACAAUUUUGGCAGCUACCAACAGGCCAGACAUGAUAGACAAGGCCUUGCUGAGACCAGGGAGAAUAGACAGGAUUAUCUAUGUGCCUUUGCCUGACGAAGCCACCCGCACAGAGAUCUUCAAACUUCAUUUUCGGUCCAUGCCAGUCAGCGAGGAAGUCUGUUUAGCAGAGCUCGUUGAGCACACUCAGAAAUAUUCAGGAGCAGAGCUCUUCCUCAUAGAGGAAGUCACCAACUUCAAAAGAAGUGAGGAUGUGUUCCAGCAUAGCGAUGCCAUAGAUGAGCGCGGCCAGCGCGGUGGGGGCUGCGCAGCUGCCACCAAAACGGAGGCUUUUGGAGAAGGACCGAGGCUGACGCGGCCGCCGGCUUCCCGUGCCCCUGCCCGUGGCUUUGCUGCUGGAGAGUCCCGUGUCCGGCUGUAG